UUUUUCGCUCUUUCUUUCUUUUAACAGCGUCUGAGGUGGAGUGUUAUUCCGCGAAAAUAAGUCUGAAUUGUAGUGCAAUCACUUGCGAAGUGUGUUAAAUCAAGCGCUGAAGCGCAUGCAACUCCAUUAAAAUGGCAGUGCGCUACGAGCUGGCUAUUGGCCUGAACAAGGGCCACAAGACCUCGAAGAUCAGGAAUGUGAAGUACACCGGCGACAAGAAGGUCAAGGGUCUGCGCGGAUCGCGCUUGAAGAACAUCCAAACCCGCCACACCAAGUUCAUGCGCGACUUGGUCCGCGAGGUCGUUGGCCACGCUCCCUAUGAGAAGCGCACCAUGGAGUUGCUGAAGGUGUCCAAGGAUAAGAGGGCCCUGAAGUUCCUCAAGCGCCGCCUGGGCACCCACAUCCGUGCCAAGAGGAAGCGUGAGGAGUUGUCCAACAUCCUCACCCAGCUGAGGAAGGCCCAGACCCACGCCAAGUAAACGGACGGAAUCUGAUUCGACAUCUCGGCAUCGGAAGGCAACCUGGAGCGCCGUGUUAUGUUCUCAUUUCUUUCCGAUGACGUUACUUGAGAAUUAAACAACUAAAAUUCGUU